AGGAGCAGAUCCGCGAGAAGGCGGCCGCCAGGCGGGGCAACAAGGAGGCGCGCGAGGAGGAGAACGCCAAGAGGCGCGCUGCCAUUCAGGAGAAGGCGGCGGCAAAGCGGAGAUUAAAGGCUGCUGCGCAGGGGGGUGCUGCAGGCGCCGGCCAGCCAGAGGCGAGCCCGCCGGAGGCGAGCCCGCCGGAGGCCGAUGGGAGCCCGCCCCCGGAGCAGCAGGCCAGCCCGGAGGCCGAGCGGAGCCCGUCCCCGGAGCAGCAGGCGAGCCCGGCGAGCCCGGGGGAGGCCGAGGGGAGCGCGUCCCCGGAGCCGCAGGCGCAAUCGGAGGGCGAGGGCGAGGGCGAGUCGGAGGGCGACGGCGGCGGCGGCGAGGUGGAAGUGAGCUUCUUCUGAUCGCUGGCGAAGUGACGGCUGCCCUCGCCAUCGGGGUCCAUGGUGUCGGUUGUCCCGCUUGCUUCCAGGCUUCCGCUUCUCUGGUGAAGUGCUGUCUGGGCAUGAGCGGGCCGGCGCAGGGCGGGGAUGGGCACGGGUGCCCGCCACGCAGACCGAGAGCUCGGGGCACGCCUGCACACGCGGCAGCCGCGCGCGGUGGCCUCAACGGGGUCAGCAGCAUCGCCCCUGUCGAACCCCCCUUCCCUCUCCGGCAAGCGCGGGAGCGCUGCUUGGCCAAGACUCACAGUGCAGGA